AUGGCUCUCUCUGAGGCCCCCAAUGUAGAAGUCCCUGGCAAAGAAGGGCCCUUGCUGGGCUCCACUGCAGCAGCAGCACCAUUUGCCGCUGCUGCUGCAGACGCCCCUUCAGCAGCAGCAGCAACAACAGCAGCAGCAGCAGCUGCUGCUGCUGCUGCUAAGGAUGAUCUGUUCGUGCGGCUGCCCGCGGAAGAGGCGGCUCUCAUUGGGGGCGAAGUGAAGGAGUCCCUGGAAAAAUGGGGCUUGCUGCAGUGUUUGUCUGUCGGCUGCUUCUUCUGCUGCACCUCCCCAAGAGACUUGCCAGCAGCAGCACUGAUGCAGCAGCUGCUGCUCUCUCCCUCUUUUGCUGCUUUUGCUGCUGAAAAGCGACUGGAGGGCCUGAGUAAGAAACAGUGA